GCGCUGUCAUGGCGGGUGCGCUGAAGAAGACCACGGGCCUUGUGGGGUUGGCUGUAUGUGAGACUCCACACGAGAAGCUAAGAAUAUUAUACAGAAAGAUUCUUGGUAUUCUUGAGCAAAUUCCAAAAAAUGCAGCAUAUAGGAAGUAUACAGAACAGAUUACAAAUGAGAGGCUGGAUAUUGUUGAAGCGGAACCAGAUGUUAAAAAAUUAGAAGACCAACUUCAAUAUGGCCAAAUAGAAGAGGUAAUUCUUCAGGCAGAAAAUGAACUAAGUCUGGUGAGAAAAAUGAUUCAGUGGAAACCAUGGGAGCCGUUAGUGGAAGAGCCUCCCGCCAAACAACCAUUUAAUGGCCAAUAUAAUCAUUAA